AUGUUUCCUUUCGACGUGAGCGCCAUGCCCACGCUACCAACCCGCAAGGGUCUGCUGGUGGUCGACUUCCAAAACGAUUUCCUGUCUGCUGGUGGCGCCCUGCCAGUCACAGACAGCAACGAACUGGUCACACGUACCCUCGAGCUGGUGAAGUCCUUUCGCAGAGUCGGCGAUGUCAUCUGGGUGUCCACCGAAUUCGAAAAAUACCGCCUUGCUUCGGCCGAGCAGAUUUGGGCUACCGACGCAAUCCCCAAGCCCAAGAUUCUGCAGUCUCGUGCUAGAAGGAGACACCAAGGCGCAUCAAAUAACCAGACCGAAGAGACUUUCGACGCAGACCCCGAGGCUUUUCUCAGCCAGCCUGGUCCCGAAGUCGUCCGGACUGCCACUACCGGGGCCGAGUUCCCCGUUGCCGUCAACGAAGCCGUCGGCAAGAGGGACAUUAAAUUGAUCAAGUCUCAUUACUCAGCCUUUACCUCAGGCCAGCUGCUGCAAACAUUGCGAGUCAAUUUCAUUCAUGAGCUUUACCUUUGCGGAUCCCUUGCCAACAUUGGCGUGUACGCCACGGCUAUGGAUGCCGCCAAGUUCGGCUACUCCAUUACUUUGGUCGAGGACUGUUGUGGCUUCCGGUCCGACCUGCGUCAGUCCAGCGCCCUACGAAGUCUCAUUGAUGUGACGGGUUGCGAGGUCCAAGAUAGCGAGGCUGUCACCGAGAAGCUGCAGCCCAACCCCGUUCCAAAGUCGAACUCGACAUUACCUGUCGUACCCAAGAGAGUUGCUGAAGCCAGUGGUGGUAAAACGCCGCCCUCGGCUGCUGCGUUCAAGGUAAAACUCGAGGAACAGUUGGCAAAUCUUUCACUCAACAGUUCAAGUUCCUCAAGAAACAGGCCGUCGAGCUUGCGUACACGCCGAACCAUAGAGAGCUCAGAUUGUGCGACCCUCUCUGAUGAUUUGGAGGUUGACAAUAACUCAUUGCUACCACAAACGGAUCAUGCCGGUGGCUCACCCGACAAAGAGGUUCAUAAACGACUAAAGAGGCCGAUAUCAAGCAAGGGGGUUUCUGAAAUGGACGCAGCUUCGGUAACGCAGAAAACAGCCAUUAAAGGCUCUCAAAUCCUCCAGACGACCACCGACGAAAAAGCGACCUUCACCUCCGACAUCGAACUCGAGCCAGACUCGAGCCCGGAGUUGAAGCCAGAAGCAGCAGAAAAGCUCGCUGCCAUGCAUGAAAAAAUUCACGUCGAGGAAGCCUCGCGGCGAGCUACCGAGCCUAUUUGUGAGGGCGACACUAUCGUAGUUCAUAAUAUACUACCUCCCACCUUGGCCGAGGGCAUUUUUGAGAAGGUAAGAGACGAGGUCUCAUGGCAGAGAAUGUCCCAUCAGGGCGGCGAGGUCCCUCGACUGGUCGCCGUCCAAGGUGAAGUAGCCGAUGACGGUAGCAUGCCAGUGUAUCGACAUCCAUCGGACGAGUCGCCUCCUCUACUUCCCUUCUCCCCUACGUUACAGAAGAUCAAGGCAGAGGUCGAAAAGCAGCUUGGGCACCCGCUGAAUCACGCCUUGAUUCAGUUCUAUCGCAACGGCACCGACUACAUCUCUGAGCAUAGCGACAAGACCCUAGAUAUCGUCAAGGGAUCCUACAUUGCCAACGUCAGCUUAGGUGCAGAACGGACGAUGGUGUUCAGGACUAAGAGGCGGGACAAGGACCCGUCUAGCACCGCAACACCAUCGGGGGAGGAUUCUCAGCAGCGACAGAUUGCUCGCGCCAAGCUGCCGCAUAACUCACUGUGCCGCCUGGGCCUGGUGACGAAUGGUCGAUGGCUGCACGCAAUUCGUCAGGACAAGAGAGCGGACCGAGACAAGACGCGUCCCGAAUUAGCUUUCCUUGGUGGUCGUAUCUCUCUCACCUUCAGACAGAUUGGCACCUUCUUGAACCGGGAUAGCACCCUGAUCUGGGGUCAAGGGGCCACCAGCAAGACCAGAGAGACGGCUCAUUCAGUAAUUAACGGUCAGAGCCCAGAGGCCGUGGGCAUGCUCCAUGCCUUUGGCACGGAGAAUCACUUGACAGAGUUUGACUGGGACAAGUACUACGGCAAGGGCUUCGAUGUUCUCCACAUGAGUACCUCGCCGCGUCUCUUCGACUCGGCCGAUCCCAUCGUCAACAUGCGCAUCGCACUGAUGCUGACCGAGUACGGCAUGACUUAUGCCAAAGGAAGCAUGUCGCCUCCCUUCAACUGGAAAGAUGGUAAUGCCGGCGCCAAAGACACGCAUACCGAUCUCACGUCCCUGCCGAUCCGAUUCGUUGACAACGACGCAGCCAAAUCAACGGUUCAGGGCGAGUUAGCCGUUAUGCUCUAUCUGGACUCAGUGCAUGGAUCGGGAAACAUGGGAGCGGCAGGCAGAGCGCAUGCCGAUAUUGCGAACAUCUUCACCCGCUUUCAAGAGGGUCUUGCACUUCUAGACAAUUGGCGACGGCUCGAGAGGGAUGGCGAGUCUGGGAGGCGUGACCUUGGGCCCCUGAAACGUGAACUUGCCAUUUGGGAGGGCUAUGCAAGCGAGGCAGACUAUAUUGCGGGUUCGAGUAUCUCGUUGGCCGACUUUGCCGUGUGGCCGGUGUUGCACGUCAUUCUCGAGGAUGCCAAUAUCGAUAUCCUGAAAGCAAGCAAGCUGAGGGCGUAUUAUGAGAGGAUCAAGUCUACCAAAUCUGCCACGAAAGUCCUUGAUGCAGCCCAACCUGAUAAGAUUGAGGUUGCAUUAGCGGACCCAAAGACUCAUUAUGUGGCCGAGGCAUCGCAACUGGGUGAAAAUCCUUGA